CUUUAUGAUCCCGGGAUCUCCCACUUCCCUCAGCAGACAGCAGCCAGCAACACAGGCGAACACAGCUCUCUCUCUCUCACACAAACACACACACACUCUCUCUCACUCUCACGUUGCCUCUGCCUGCAGCUGCAACACAUCCAGAGACCACAGAGAGACCACAACAACAGCCGGACCUCAGACGCUGGUGUCCCCGCAUCUACAUCGAGUUAAAGGAUCCCAGCAGGACAAACACACCGUCCGCUGCAGCUUGCACCAACAAGGGAAUCUAAGGCUUUAUUGAAAAUAUAGAGCCACUGGGGAAGACUUGUAUCUACUUUCUAUUUACUCUGGUGAUCCUUCUCCGUCGUGCCACAAUGUCCGAGGUGCUGCCAUACAACGAGGGGAAAAUGAACGGCUACGGGGCGGACAGCGAGGUCAGUCAGAUGUCCUUUAGCUGCGGACUGCAGGACACAAGCGCCUUUUUCGCUGCGUCGCAGGCGAAAAGACCACCAAAGCUUGGACAGAUCGGCAGAGCCAAGCGAGUGGUCAUCGAGGAUGACCGAAUAGACGAGGUCCUGAAGGGGAUGACAGACAAGUCUGCACCCGGCGUUUAAACAUGAGCGAGUCUUGCAGACUUUUUAUUUUUGAUCACCGAUUUGAAGCACUUGUCGGCUGUGCAUGUUCGAGGAUUGCAGGAGAAUAACGACGGCACGAAGCGAGGAUGGAGUGACUGACGAACGGCAAUUAAAAGAGCAAAGAACGGAGGGAAAAUGGAGAAGGAUGAAGGUUGAUAAAUGAAUAUGACAGAGAGGAUGAAAGAAAGAGAAGAAGAGGGAGAGACUCUGGAAAAGAUCAAGAUUUAUCAUGGGAUUGCUGGCAAUUCUCCAAAAGAAUCCCGAUUUUAGGCACUGCUGCGCAGCGAGAUGUUGAGAUGGCGGACUCUGCUCUGUAUCUAACAUCUGCUGACUUUAAUGAUGGAUGAACUUGUCAUUACUUCACGACCAUCUAUUUUUCCUUUCAAACAGCGUUGUAGGCAACAAAAUACUGCAACUGGAGGCUGAAGCUAAAUCCCAGCCCUAUUUCAAUAAGUUGUACAGUACAGUAGGUAGGCUAGGCUCUCAGACGUCCCCCUUCUCCCCCCCCUCCUUUAGGCUCUGCUUUGUUGAUUCAGUCAGCGACGGUGCAUUCAAGGGAGCUGUCCUUUCAGCACUGGUCCAAUGCAUUCCUGUUGCUGCUAACGCUUUUUAAAAACAGACCAACCAAACUCUCGGGUCUGCUAAAUAGAGGAGACACAUUGUAUGUAAAAAAAACAUAUAUCCGAGGACGGUGCAAUGUUAAUAUUUUCUGUAGUAGGCCUGCUUGUUUUGGCCCUUAAAGAACAUUAAGCCACUGAUUAAACCUGAACCACGCUACAUGUUCUUCUUCUUCUUCUUGCAUUACCCAUCAGUGGUUAAAGGUGCAGCUUGGCACCUUCAUGUAGCUGAUUUAGACCUGCACAUAUCAUUUGUUCCCUUGUUUUUGCAUUCUAAAAUGCUCAGAUAUCUACAGAGGUCAGCACAGAUGAUAUUAAAUGUUUAGAAUAAGUCAUGAAAUUGAUGGGAAAAAAAUUAUGCUUUCCAAAAUUUGGUUAUUUCAAUUCGCAAUUAUUUGUGUUCCUUCUACUAUACGUUUUUUCUCCAUCUAUUUGCAUGAACUUUCACUCCGGUGCCAAUGCAGGUGCCACUACUCUUACCCUGGCACGCUUCUUUUUGACAAAAGUCAUAUUUGUAUUUUUAUAUCUAAAUAUUUGUUAUUUAAAUUAUAUACUAGUCUAUCGUCUUACAAUUCAUCAACAAAAAUAUUUCUACUUCAGAGAGGAUAUACAGGAUGAGACUAGGCUUCAUGGAGGUGAAGCCAAGAUUUUGGUGGACUGGUCCCGUUCUAUAUCACCAGUCGGGUGUUUUUUAAAGACUUACUGAAUGUGUCUGGGGUUUUGCACACAUCAAUGUUAAACUAUUAUUAAGAAAUCGUAUACUGUGACUUGAGCUUCGUUGAUGAAUUUGUUAGAACAUGGCAGUUUUAGAGUAUAUUGCACUGUUUACGAGUAUCCUCAAAUAACAAGUGUUAUUUGACCUAUUUUGGACAUUACAGUUUUUGUUUUUUUAUUGUUUAUUUUGUACCAUUAUUUUAAAGAAACUGGAUAUGGUUUGUUGUGCAUGAAACCUUAAUAUUUUCAAAAAUGAAACAUCAUUUUCUGAAACAAAAAAGCAACAAAAAUGUCAUGACAUUCUAAGAAUGAGUCAUUGUAUAUUAUGAUGCCAUUUUCACUGUAUUUGGUGAAUUAAUAAAUGGUGAAAGAACAUGUAAAUGUGUUUCUUUGGUAUGACUUUUGUCCCAAGACACUUCUUAUUUUUUGUUACUAAGAAUUCAAAGAGGAUGAAUCAUAUACACCCAACAAUUGACCAAACAUCAGAAUGGCCUGGGCCUGACAAAAGGCAAUGGGAGCACUGUGACGAUUAAACAUUAAAAGGGAUGUAUUCUGAGAAACAACAGAACACAAGUGUGUUUGUAGUAUCAAAAAGCAAAAGUCCUCUUUGUAGCCUUUGAAGUCAGUAGCCAAGAUCUCAGUGACAGCAAAUACUGAUUCUUAAUUAAAGGAGGAUAAGCGAUCCAUCUGUUAUGCUGUUAAACAGCUCGAUGUCGGCCUACACUAGUGAAUUUAUUACACCACAGACCCCUGGGGAGCAAUGACUGACCACAUGAUCAUCUAUCAGAGUUUACAUGUGCAGCGUCCUCAUACAGUAGCUCUCACAAAGAGAUGGAAGCAGGCCUCUAAACACUCGUUUGACUAGUGCAGCAAGACAAAGCUUUGUCAUGCACCAUGCAAAACCAAAAAGAAAGCCAGUAUGCUCUGUGGUUUAUUUGGUACAUUAUACUGUCACACAAUGGCAAAAACCAAACAUUGAACCAUUUAUCAAUCCCUUUUUGUUGGCUUCUUGCUUGCUAGUUUCCAGAAACUCUCGUUCACAAUAAAAUUAGAAUGAAGGUGUUAUCUUGUUCAGGGUUGUCAACAGUCAAACUAACAAACUGUACACAUAAAUAUACUGCUGUGUAAUUUUUUAUCAAAUCAAAAUUUCAGUUUUUUUACACUAGGUGAGCAACUCCAUAACUAAUUUCUCUUAAAACAUUAACAGACCUGUAUAAUGAUGUGGAGUUUGGUUUAAGGAAACUUGAAGAACACUGCACUACAUUGUUUGCCAACAGUUUCAGUCAGGAAAUUGUGUCAGUUAAAAUCAGCCCUCUUCCACCUGCGGUACACAAACCUGCAGGCCAUCGAGAACUCACUAGAAAUGAAUUUCCUUGUAAUCUCACUGCAGGAUUUUUCUGGAAAUCACAGAUAGGAUUUUCAGGCUCAUUUGUGUAUCUCAUGUGUUUGGAAUAACAUGUACAGGACACAUCUAUAAAAA